AUGGCAAGAAGAAUAAAGAAAGGAGUGGAUUCCACUCCUGAGGUUGAAGGAGUUUUGUAUAGGAUCCCAGAACCGUUGCCACAUAGGACUUUAGGGCAAAUGAAGGUGCCCCAGAAAAGAAAUGAGGUGCCUUUGGUGAAAGUUGAUGAGUUGGUUAACGCUGAUGGGUGUAGCUGUGAACAGAUGCAACAAGAAUGUCUUGCUAUGGAACUGUUUUUGCAUUUAUUAGUGCCUUGGAAGUACCCUAGAGAUCAGAUGGCCUUGACAGUAAUCACUCAGUUAGUCCAUCAUGGGAUGGUCUCUGUCCCUAUUGGUCACACCUUUGGUGCUGGAAUGUUCAGAAUGGAUUCCAUUAGAGGAGGAUCUCCAUGUGGCGCAGAAGUCCUUUCUGGGGAUGGCACAAGAGAGCCAAGUGAAACAGAGCUAGCUUUUGUGGAGCACCAGGGAAAAUACAUGGCUAAGGUAGUCAAAAGAUUUGCCUGGCCCUUUUCAUUUGCGCCUGGUGAGAACCACAACUAG